CGUCCCGGAUCGGUGCAGAGCAAUCGGACACUGGGGCAUUUUACACCCUCCCCCCUAAGUGGUGCAGGGGGUAAUUAAUCCGGCGCGCUUGGACGGCAGCCUAAUUUAAACCUUUUUGGAAAGCACGGGACAGGAGGGGAGAAAAAAACACCAAUAAAAGACAAUGAAAACGGCAGUGAUAGAAGGUAUCGAACGGUUCAAUAGUCCCGGUAAGGGGAGAGGACUGAAGGCGGCGAAACAUUUCAAAGUUGGGGAGCUCCUGUUCUCCUGUCCGGCGUACGCGUCCGUGUUAACAGUCUCCGAGAGGGGCGGCUACUGUGAAUCCUGCUUCUUAAGGAAGGACAGUCUGUCUAAGUGCGGCAAGUGUAAGAAAGCUUUCUACUGUAAUGUCGACUGCCAGAGAGGAGACUGGCCCAUGCACAAGCUGGAAUGCACGGCCAUGUGCGACUACGGCGACAACUGGUGUCCCACAGAGACGGUCCGGCUGGCGGCCAGAAUCAUCGCCAAGCAGAAAACGCAAGUAGAGAGAAGCUCUUCGGAGAAGCUGUUACCGAUGCAAGAGCUGGAAGCACACCUGGAUGAGAUGGACAAUGAGAGGAGGGAAAUGAAUGAGGCUGACAUUGCCGCUCUGCACCAUUUCUACUCCAAGCACCUGGAGUUCCCUGACCUCGUUGCGCUCACCAUGCUCUUCGCUCAGGUCAACUGCAAUGGCUUCACAGUUGAGGACGAGGAGCUGUCCCACUUGGGCUCUGCAUUGUUCCCAGACGUUGCCCUGAUGAACCACAGCUGUUGCCCCAAUGCGAUUGUUACCUACAAUGGUACUGUUGCUAUGGUGAGGGCUGUUGCAGAAAUCAACCCAGGGGAGGAGAUUUUCACCAGCUACAUUGACCUACUCUAUCCAGCAGAGGACAGGAUCGAGAGACUGAGAGAUGCGUACUACUUCACCUGCGACUGUAAAGAGUGCAGCACAAAAUCCAAGGACAAAGCAAAAAUGAAAAUACGAAAACUGAGCACAAGUCCUGAGCCAGAGACGAUCAGGAAGAUGGUGAAAUAUGGCAGGAACAUCAUCGAGGAGUUCAGGAAAGCAAAACACACCAAAACCCCUAGUGAGCUGCUGGAGAUGUGCGAACUGAGUUUGGAUAAAAUGGGCUCGAUAUUCGACGACACCAAUGUGUACGUGCUGCACAUGAUGUACCAGGCCAUGGGGGUGUGUCUCUACAUGGAGGACUGGGAUGGGGCCUUGAGCUACGGGGAGAAGAUCAUCAAGCCGUACAGUGUACACUAUCCGGCCUACUCCCUCAAUGUGGCCUCCAUGUACCUGAAGCUGGGAAGACUGUACUUAGGACUAGAGAAAAAGCCCAUUGGAGUCAAACACUUGAAAAAGGCCAUAGAAAUCAUGGAGGUGGUUUACGGGAAGGAUCACCGUUACGUCGCUGACAUCAGGAAGGACAUCAAGUAGAAAGCCGGCAUCAUCCACGCGACAGUGGCUUUUUUCAGCCAUCCAGCAAGCUUCAGUAGCGCAAUCUGUGUAUUAAGGAGGAUACUGGAUUUGCUGGGUUUUACUAUAUUAAAGGGACCCUGUCUAAAAUAUUAUAAAAAUGCGUUUGAUGUUAUUAUUGCUAUGGAUUUUGUUUUCACUGAUAGUUUUUGCACUAGUGCUAUAAAAGCCAAUGUGCAGUUUUUUCGGAUAAGUGCUCUGGUUGUUUUUCCAAUGUGAAUGAGAUUUCAGUUUUUGUACACUCACUAUUGUACCCUUAGUAUUUGAAACAGAAACACAUUUGUAUACUUAAAGUCCACCGUAUUGCAUUUCCAGUUUUUGGCCAUUUUGAGCUGUGUGACAUCCAGAGACGGUGCUAUUUUUGUUACGAGCAGCGGGAUUCCAAACAGAUAAGACCCACGUGCACUCGCCAGUUACUGUGCAGGCCGGACAGCAGGGGAUGCUACAACAAUUAGGGUUUGGAAAUUAGCAGCUCACUGCUGGUGUCAAGAAAUUAUGCAGGUGGACUUGGCACAUGUCUAAUAACUUCCCAAAAGUAUUUACUUGAAGGAAAAUAUGAGUAAUAUUUCAUGUGUUUUAGUUAACUUGGGUUUUUGAAAUCUUCAGCAUUCAACAGGAUUCCUAUGUUUUUCAUUUUGGGGUUGGGGGGGGGGAUAUGUACAAGCCAUUUAAACCAACCACUGAUUCAAUGCUGGGUCUUGGCUGCAUAUCCAAGGAGGUAUGUGAAUAUCCUGCAUAGGACACCAGUCCAUCACACAGCCUAAACACAUUUUUUGGCUACUGGAGGAAGUAUGUUAUCUGAGGUAAUCAUGGUCUAUUUGCAGUAAUUAGUGAAAUCCUGUGUUUCUUCUAGGGUUUCUGCUCUUUCUGAAUACAAAUUCAGAUGUAUGCUUUUUAAUUUUUUUUUCCAAAGAAAAGGGGUUUGGGGUUAUUAACCAUUUGUAAAAAACAACCUUUUUUGUAUACUAACUUUCUGAGAUGCACUGUGGUUCAGUUUUAAUGUGCAUACGAAUGUGUCAAUUCCAUGAUGUAGCUAUGACUUUGUAUUUUAUGGUAAAAAAGAAGCUUCUGUAAAACAAAGGUAAAUUUUAGGCACCUUUAAACGGAAAGAAAUGCUUUCAAGUAUAGUCUAUUAAGAUAAAAACAUUAAAGAUAAACUUCAUCUUAUGUCAAUUUUAGAUUUCCAGUGGUCAAAAUCCAUUUUAAAGGAGAUGCUAAAUGAUUUUGAGAAUGGCAAGUUUAGUGCCCUUUGAUGGACUGGCAUCCCAUCCAGGGUGUCCCCAGCCAUGUGCCCUGUGACAGCUCCUUCACACCCCCCCCAUGGCUUUGGCCAAGGUUGGGACUUCAUUUAAUUGCUAGAAAUUCUAAUACUAAUCUCUCUAACUGUUUACUUGGUUUGUUGUUGGAUGCCAAUGGUCUCAACACAACAGACGAUAUGAAAUGUUUAGCUCUAGCUACUGGCAAACACUGUUUGAAUACAUCUCAUCAUUAGUGUCAUUUAUGCAUCCAGGCUGGAAAGAAACUAGUUUUAAGGAGCGAUUUAAUAUUUAUUGCUACACCUGUGUUGUUUAUAUGCAAGCCUCACGAUGACAGUAUUCACAACACAGUGGUUAAUUUAGACAUGAUGCAUUAGGGAGGAAAAAUGUGGACUGUCUGGCAGGGAGCUGGGAGGGAGCAAAAAUGUGAACCGGCUGUGUCCCCAAGGACUGAGUUGAGAAACACUGACUUAGUGGCUUAGAACUUAGCAACUCCAUUGCAACUUGUAAUUCAAGGACACUUGUGAAGUACAUCAUUGCCACAGAAAACAAAGGAUAUGAGCUGAUUGAUUUAAUUUCACAAAUUAUGUACAGGUUUCACAAGUGUCAGUGGUAUUAGAUAAAAUACUAUCUAUACUUUGCCCAUGACUCACAAGAACAAGUUGAAAUGCAGGUUCUAAAUGUUGUUGCUCAAAGUCAUUGAAAGGUUCACACAAAUGUACUUUCUCUGUGUUCCACAACACAUAUAAAAAAUGAGUAACGCUCUGGCAAAGUACACCAAGGAAGCAGGGUGUCCCCACAAGGAGCCAAAUAUUACUGCAAACCUCCACUAUAGGCCUGAAUCGUUCGGAAGAUAAUGAAGAAUAUUUUUCCUUCUUAAAAGUAUGUAUGGGCAAUAGAAAGAGAGAGGAAAUUGUUCUUUGGUUUUGCCCGUUACGUGUACUUCUGACAACAGCUAAUAAAUUCUGCCAUAUUUA